GGCGGUGUCUGCUGUACUCCGUGUGAUUAGACGUCUGCAGAUUCUUCUCAAAACAGUGGCCGUCAAAGCAUGUUUGGCUUUGCUGCUGCCGUCAUAGUUUUAAUGUGUGUUCCAUUUAUUGUGCAUAUACCUAGACCAUUUAGGUCCAUAUUACUGGGAAGAGAGGAUGGUUUCAAAGUUACAUGUUCCAGAUCUUGAAUUUGAAGACUAUUCUGAGGUUCAGUCCGUGUUUUCCUUUCAAUCACCAUGAAACCAGUUUAAAUAGUCAUACAUAUUUGCCGUCAUCUGCUUCCACAGCUUGCUAGUGCAAUCUGUCCAUUUCCAUCAUUUAAAUGACAAUAAAUUGAUGGAAUUCAGGAGUCCUCACUUUUAUCAGUAUUAGCAACAUUAGGUUUCAUCAGCAGGAAGGCUUCGCUUACUUUUUUUUCUAAUGCAUCAUUGAAAUACUUGGUCAGACAAUCCAGUGGAGUAAAUAUAUCACAAAUACUGUUUCUUCAUUCUAAUUGUGGUCACUAUGUUAAGUGAAACUUUACUUUAAUAGUUUGUCUAAUACUUGUAUUUGCUAGAUGUCCGGCUGCUUAUAGGUUGCUAAUAUUUGUUACUAAUGUUUUCUAAUUUCACAAGUGAUAUGAGCCAAGCUAAAUCCUUGAUAUAACCCCUCGGCCCGCUCCUUAUUUUGUGACCGCCUAGCAGAUGUCUUACAAAAGUCCAAGCAUCUGGUAGUCCACGAGGACAGUCAUGAGAGUCUGAGCUCCCUCCCCCGUCCAGACAGCAUGGGCAGCUUCCUCCCCGACAGCAGCUCAUACGAGCUCCUCACUGUUAUCGGGAGGGGCCUGGAUGACUUGAUGACUGUGAACCUGGCUCGAUACAGACCUACCGGGAACCACGUGGCCAUUCGACGGAUUGAUUUGGAGUCGUGCACUAACGACAUGGUUGCCUACCUGCAGGGUGAAUUACACGUUUCAAAGUUGUUUCAUCACUCCAGUAUUCUACCAUACAAGAGCAUCUUCAUAGCUGAAAAUGAGUUGUGGGUCAUCACACCGUUCAUGGCCUAUGGGUCAGCCAGAGAUCUCAUCUGCACACAUUUUACUGAUGGUAUGAGUGAGCUGACUAUUGCCUACAUUCUGCUGGGGAUGCUUAAAGCUCUUGAAUACAUCCACCACAUGGGAUAUGUGCACCGGAGUGUGAAGGCCAGCCACGUUUUGAUCUCUGGAGAUGGGCAGGUGUGCAUGUCUGGUUUGCGCAGCAUCUUCAGUCUGAUCCGUCACGGCCAGAGGGCCAAAGUGGUCCACGACUUCCCCCAGUACAGCGUGAAAGUGCUGCCGUGGCUCAGCCCUGAAGUGCUUCAACAGAAUUUGCAGGGAUAUGACUUUCGAUCAGACAUCUACAGCCUUGGUAUAACAGCCUGUGAAUUGGCCAAUGGACACGUCCCUUUCAAAGACAUGCCAGCCACACAGAUGCUGUUGGAAAAGCUAAAUGGGACAGUUCCAUGUUUGCUCGACACCACCACAAUCCCCCCAGAGGAACUGUCUCUGAAACCGUCCCGCUCCGGUGCCGACUCCGGGAUCUGUGAGGGACCGGGACCAGCAGGGGGCCGACACUCCAACGGAGAGGCGUCCUCGUCGUCGGGGGGACACCCCUACAACCGGACGUUCUCCCCACAAUUCCACAACUUUGUUGAACUGUGUCUGCAACGAGACCCAGAGAAGAGGCCAUCCGCCAACACUCUUUCUAGCCAUCCCUUCUUCAAGCAGAUUAAGCGCCGGGCAUCAGAGGCGCUGCCAGAGCUGCUGCAGCCGGUGUCGCCCAUCACGUGCUCGGAGAGCUCCCAGCUGCAGGACUCUCACUCUGGACUAGCCAGUCUGGAAUCAGGUCUCAGCCACCUGGAUGUGGAUGACUGGGACUUUUGACAGUGGACAACUCAGUGGGGAGACAAGCAUAGCGUUGUACUGAAACUGAGCAGAACGGAUGGGAUUUGUUUUUGUUCUGGUUCCAUGGUUUAAAAAAAAAAAAGAAAGGG